UCCUGGCUGUGAGUCAAACAUGAAACUUCGUAGAGAUGAACAGCCACACGUGGUGCCAAAUUGCCAUGAGUGCAGCCAUCAGGGCAAGAUAAAUUAUUCUUCCCCUCCAACAGGCACUUGUGACUCCUCAUCUGGGAUUUGUCCAGAUUUAGGGUCUACGGACACCAGAGAGAUGGUUUUGUGUGGCCAGGAGAAGAUGAAGGAGGAGCUUUUUGCUGUUUGGAGGAGGCAGGGUACAGACAAGACAGAGACAGAUUUGAGCACAACCAAAUGACAAAAUUCAACAGCAGCAUGGGAAAUGAGAUAUAAAGGGGAAAAAAAAAAAAGAAAUAUCUCCAGCAUGAACAUGUUCUGAUACUGGGGUCCAGUCUGCUCCAUGCAAAGAGGUGCUCAGAGUUGGGAUAGACAAACCUCCAGGCAACGUGGUUUAACCAUAAAGUCCCAGUCCAAGCAGAAAGCUGGAGCAGACUCCUCCAGAAGCUGCUUCCAACAUGAAUGAUCCCACGAACCAAUAUUCUGAGAAUACACUGGCACCGACACCUGCAGGAUGGUUGCCCUGGCUGUGCACCUUCAUUUAGGGAUAACGAGCUGCACUUUGGCUUGCUGGAGCCGUUGUCAGGGAGGUUGCCAGGGAGGCUGACAUCAGAUAUCCCUUCCCUAUAGAUUAUCAUGCACAGCAGCACCAUCAGUUCCUAAUCUGCAAACGAGAUGGGAGGGCACCCAGAGGAAGCCCUGGAGGGUGUUUUGCGUCACUGGCCUGGGUUGCCUAGCACCGCUGGGACCGUGGAGAAGGUGCACCAGAAUUUUUACCCCUGCGUGUCCUAUCUGGGAGCCAAACGUUGCUGAGGACAUAGCAGAGGAGCAGUGGAGGAGAUGGCAGCCGAGGCAGGGGAGCUCAAGCUGCCCUUCAUCCACGAUGACCAGCUCACCCAGUGCAUGCGUCUGAGAGCCCAGAGCCUGCAGCAGAAAAACUCCAGGCCCCAGGAUGGUGAGAAGCUGCUGCAUCCCAACGAGCACAUCUACAGGGUGGAUUUCAUCCAGCAGCACAACCUGCGCUUCCUGCACUGGGACAUCCAACUGGAGAGAUCUGGGAAGGUGAUGGUGACUGGCACCUCCCAGCACUGGACUCCUGAUCUCACCCACCUGAUGAACCGGCAGCUGCUGGAACCAGUGGGCAUCUUCUGGAAGAAACCAGGGGCCAAGGAGGUGGAGUGCAAUGAGGCAGAUGCCCAAGAAUUUGGGGAGCGGCUCGUGGAGUUAGCCAAGAUCCGCAAGGUGAUGUAUUUCCUCCUUGCUUUCACCGAUGGCCUUGAACCUGCUCAGCUGAAGGGUUCCAUCGUUUUUAAGGCCUGACUCCCUCCUGCUCUGUCCUUCUUGCUCAGCUAUGCUUUGUCUUCGUUUUUCUUUCUUUUGUUCAGUUCUCGGUUGUUUCUACGUGGCUCUUCAUUGAAGGAUGGCAUAACAAAAUGGUGGAGAACACCUUGGCAGUUCUGGAGCUCCUCACCCCUGAAAAACAUUCCCUUAACAUGCUUUCAUCAAUUUGAGUGGAGGGGAAGAGGGAGGACGAGCCAUGGGUGCUUGCUGCUUUAUUUGCCUAGAGUAUAAUUCUGC